GGGUAAUGGCUGUGAAGGGAGGUGGUGCAUAGGUAUAACCAUUCUAGAGAUCUUUCUUUUUUCUACGUUCUUUUAUCCAUUUCACAAAAAUGAAGGACCGACUGGAUUUCCUAAACGCUGACGAUAAUUUUAAAGAUGAAGAUUCCUAUGAAUUUGGUGACUCCCACCAAGUUAAUAUGGAAGGAGCUUUUAUGGACGAAUUCUUUCAAAAGUCAGCAGAUAUCAAACAGAAAAUUGAACGAAUUACUGAAGAUGUCGAAAGCGUCAAAAAAGCACACAGUGCAAUUCUUUCCGCUGCGGUACCCGAUCAAGCAAUUAAAGACAAAAUGGAAGAAUGCAUGUCAAGAAUCCAAAGAACAGCCAAUGGGGUUCGAAGUAGUUUAAAAGCAAUGGAACUUGAAAUAAAAGAAAGUGAAAAACAAGUUGGUACCAGUACUAAUCUUGCAGAUUCUAGAAUAAAGAGAUGUCAGCAUGCAACUCUUUCCAGAAAGUUUAUUGAAGUUAUGAGUGAAUAUAACACAACUCAGACAAAUUAUAGAGAGAAAUGCAAAGCUCGUAUACAAAGACAACUGGAAAUAACUGGAAAAGCAAAAACUAGUGAAGAGGUUGAAGAUAUGUUAGAAAGUGGAAACCCUGCAAUCUUCACUUCAGAUAUUGUUAUUGAAACACAACAAGCCAAACAAGCUCUUGGUGAUAUAGAAGCUAGACAUAGGGAUAUCAUUUCACUGGAAAAGAGUAUACAGGAACUUCAUGAAAUGUUUCAAGAUAUGUACAUGCUGGUUGAGAGUCAGGGUGAAAUGAUUGACAGAAUAGAAUUUAAUGUUGAGCAAGCUGUGGAUUAUGUCCAGUCAGCCAAAACAGAUACCAAGAAAGCUAUGAAAUAUCAAAGCAAAGCUCGAAGGAAAAAAAUAUGCAUUGUUGCAAUUAUUUUAAUUGCAUUGGCUAUCAUCAUUACAGUGAUUGUCAUAACUGUAGCAUAAUACAUCUUUAGAUAUCCAGUUUUAUACAAGAAUGAAUAAAAGACCUUGUACAUACACUGUAACAUUAGCCACACUAGGGAUCCCAGUGGCUUGUAAGGCUUCACAAUGAUUGUCAUUGUCUGUAUGCAUGCAUUCUUUGAAAGGAGUGCUGCCAUAAUAAAAUAAUACAUUGUCUGGCAUAAAAUAACAUCUACCAAAGUACAUAAUAUGUUGUUUAAGCACAUUUUUGUACCUAGAGUAUUGCCUGAUAGAAAAACAAUGACAAAGAAAAAGGAUCUCCUUCAAUCCAAAACUCAGAAACAUUCAAUUUUAUAUUUCUAGUUCAUGUAAUUAAUGGUACAUAUUGCCAUAAUUGGUCAAUAGCAAUAUCAUGAAAUAUUGAAGAUACUGGGUAAGAAACACAGCCUUUCCCACAGCUGUCUUUAAAUUGAGCUUCCUUUAUGUCAUGUCCAUCUUGGUCCAAUAACAUUCUCAAAACUAGACCUUUAGGUGACUUAAUCCCAAACCCUCAACCUUCAUAUCAAACGACUGGUAAAAAAAGCUUAAGGUACGAAAAGGAAGAAAUAUGACAAAGCUCAUAAAAACACUUGUUCACUUUGUUUUUCAAAAUAAAUUGAUGUAAUUUUUUUAUGAUUAACUGAAGAGAAUGAAGAAUAAUUAUAUAAAUCUGUUAUAAGAGGCUGUAGUACCCAUAACGGGAUAUAGCUUUUAAAGGAAAUCAUUAUACAAGUAAACACAAGCAUGUGGUAUUCUUAUCAACAUACAGUUGAAUCUCAUAAGUGGACAUCCUUGGAAAAGCUGUUUGCCUAAUAGAAACUGUGAACACAGUGUUUAUGGAAGAAAUACAAAAUCAGGGUUUUAGAAAGCUGUUUGAUUAGAGCUGUUUGCUUAUGAGAGCGUCUGCAAGAGGAGAUUCCAUUGUAUUCUCCACUUGUAUUCAGAAAUCUAAUGACAGUGCUGCUAGGGAUACAAUAUCCCAGCAAAAGGUUUGUUUCAAAUACAAGCUUUUACAGCAGCAAUAUUCUUAUGAAUAUUGAAUAUUGUUAAGAAUAACUGUGCUUGUAAUUAACUAAAGGCAUUAAAAUCCUUUAAAAUAUG